AUGCCAACGACGGGCCACUUUAACAUGCUAGGAGAUAAGUCACAAUUUUCGGCUUCAUCAGCUGUGAGAGCUUGGAAUUUAAAGCGUUUUUGCCCCGCAAACUUGAACUCUUCAGAUAACCAAAAUGAGGGGGAACUACAUCGGUUCCUAAUAAACCCCGACGAGGAGUCUACGCAAUCUGGCAAAACCAGCAAGUUAAUGAUCAUUCGCCAGUCGAAUUCCCAAGGAUCCUUGAUGAUCAGCGAGGAGGGCUUGAAAACGAUUCUCAAUGAUCUUUCGCCGUUCGAUGGUUUCCAUAAAGUGCUUGAGAGUUUUAGCCCUGAUGGUUCAGGUUGCUACGUUGACAGAUUUGGCACUUAUCUGAGCCCUCAGUUCUGCCCCUUCAGGACCUCAAGAAGGCUUGAAUCAAGUCUUAUUUUCAAGUAUGUAGAGGAAAACAAUCGCCCGUUUCAUGAUUCAAGCAAGCAGAGUGGGGUUUCAAGAUGGUCAGUUAGACACCAGGGGGUUUACCAAUCCCGAAUAUGCACCCACGGAAAAGACGACUACAUGACAAUACUGAUCAACCCUUCCUACCACCUUUGGAAUAUGAUCAAAGAAAACUAUACCACAAAAACUAAAUUGGAAGAUGACGAUGACCAUUGGUUAACCAUGAUCACUUUGGCAUUCGCAAGCUUGACAAAAAAUUGGGAUGCGUACAUAUCGUGUCUUCACCGCGCUGUGCUAGAGAUAAGACUAGAUGCAAAAAUCACGGAUCCUCAUUGUUCGAACAUUGGGGAGGCUAAUACUCAGAGCUUAAAGGCAGCUCUUGCCCUCAUGGACAGACUGCAAACAGCGACCCAUGUCCUUGAGGGCAACAUAUUGACAAUUCAGACCGUUCAGCAAGGAAUGGGCGCAAAGCCAGUACGAUGGUCUUUACAGCAACUUGAGGGCGAGGACAAGUUGUCAGACACUGCGGAGGCGGUGAUAAGAGAUCUCGAGUUCCGGAAGAGACAUGUUGUUUUGAUUAUAGCAAAGCUGGAAUCUGUCACUGCAAUGGUUCGAGAUCUCGUCAAUCUCCGCAAUACUCACAUAAUUGAGCGCAUGACGGCGAGAAGCAUCUUCGAGGCAUAUACUAUGCGCAUUUUGGCCCUGCUUACCCUCUGCUUUCUUCCCCCAACCUUUGUGGCUGGGUUCUUAGACAUGGACUAUGUUGAUGUCAAGUCUGUGAACGGCAUGCUGAAACUCAACAUCGAGCCAGGCCUUUGGCUCUAUCUCGCUGUGACAAUCCCUUUGUUGUUGGUAAUAAUAGCUAGCUAUCUGGUGUGGGAUAGACGCAACGUGCGGAAAAUCGUCGAGAAGGACAGCUUCGUCUGA